AUGGCCGACAGGAACGCCUUUAAUUCCAACAUCCCGCUUCCUCCGCCGCUGCACACCCGUCGCGCCAACGACAUGUUUGACCGUCCCACCACCCCAGGCGCCAAUGCCUUCUUCUCACCGCAAGCCACCCCGACCGGCAGCCCAAGCAAGGCCCAUGCCCCGCCUGGAGCCUACGACUUGCCCAAUGUCUUCGACAAUGCGCUAAAGCUUCAGCCUACCGGCGCUUCUCCCACAAAGAUUGGCCGACCCUCGCCGCACUCGCCCACUAAAAGCGGCUUCCAGGACUAUCCUGAAGCCCCCGGUACCCCAACGCGUAGAGCAAACAAGGAAAACACUCCGCCGAGCCGCUCAGGCAUGCAGCAGAAAGAUAGCUACCUUACCCACGCCGCCGCCUCUCGUCAAGAGCCCUACCGUCCAUCUACCCGCGGCGGCUCCGUUGGCAAGAAUGUACAGCGCGGCCUCUCUCCGGAGGACAUUGAGAAACUUCAGAAGCCUUCGGUGAAGCGAUUGGCCAAUGUGACUCAGCUGUACUUCCUGGACUAUUACUAUGACCUUCUCUCCUACGUCCACAACCGACAGAACCGUCUCGCCGCGUUCAAGACGCAAUUCCCCGCUCCGCCCGAUACACCUGAAGAGGAGUACAACGAGGUUCUGCACAAGUAUCUUGGGCGCGAGCGCGCAAACUUGCGGAAGAGGCGCACCAGGCUGAGGCAUGGUGACUUUCAAAUUCUCACGCAGGUCGGCCAGGGUGGCUAUGGUCAGGUCUACUUGGCCCAGAAGAAGGACACCCGCGAAGUCUGUGCUCUGAAGGUUAUGAGCAAAAAGCUCCUGUUCAAGCUCGAUGAAGUCAGGCACGUUCUCACCGAGCGUGAUAUCCUGACGAACGCGAAGAGCGAAUGGCUGGUUCGGCUGCUUUACGCCUUCCAGGAUGAGAAGAGCAUCUACCUUGCUAUGGAAUACGUACCCGGCGGUGACUUCCGGACUCUCCUCAACAACACUGGCGUCUUGCACAACCGUCACGCGCGUUUUUACAUCGCAGAGAUGUUCUCCUGCAUCGAUGCCUUGCACGUGCUGGGCUACAUUCACAGAGAUUUGAAGCCCGAGAACUUCCUGAUCGAUAGCACCGGUCAUGUCAAGCUUACUGACUUCGGUCUCGCCGCUGGUAUGCUGGCACCAGCCAAGAUUGAGUCAAUGCGCAUUAAGCUUGAAUCCGUUGGCAACGUUCCCGUGCCGUUUGGUCGUCCCGUUGAAGAGCGUUCGGCUGCGGAGAGACGAGACGGCUACCGCUCGUUGCGUGAACGCGAGGUCAACUACGCCAAGAGUAUCGUGGGCAGCCCCGAUUACAUGGCGCCUGAGGUACUGAAGGGUGAAGAGUACGACUUCACCGUGGACUACUGGAGUCUUGGCUGCAUGCUGUUCGAAGCCCUUGCUGGUUACCCGCCUUUCGCUGGUGCGACCGUCGAUGAGACCUGGCAGAACCUGAAGAACUGGAAGCGCGUUCUGAAGAAGCCUGUCUACGAGGAUCCGAGCUACUUCCUUAGUAAACGAACAUGGGAUCUGAUCAUCCGGUUGGUUGCGUCCAAGACCUCGCGCUUCCGCGGCAUAAGCGAAAUUCAUUCCCACGCGUACUUCGCCGAGGUGGAUUGGGAUAGGCUCCGUGAGCAAAAGGCACCCUUUGUGCCCGAGCUGGACAGCGAAACCGACGCUGGUUACUUCGAUGACUUCGGCAACGAGGCUGAUAUGGCCAAAUACAAGGAGGUCCACGAGAAGCAGGCCCAUUUGGAAUCCAUGGCAGACAGGGACGACAAGAUGGCCAAGAGCUUAUUCGUCGGCUUCACAUUCAGGCACCGCAAGCCUGCAGACGACCCCAGCAGAGCUGGAAGCCCUCGCAAGCAACUUCAGACGGUCGACGAAGAUUUCGGUACCAUCUUCUAA